UCUGCCUCGGCAUCGCGCAUCCCCGCCGCGGCACCCAGAGACGCUGCUGCGGCGCCGGGUUGGGAGAAGGGACACCCUCGGAGAUCCAGGGACAGGUCUCUCCUAGGAUGGCAGUGAGGGAGGCUUCUAAGAUAUUGGACCCUAUGACUUCCUGGACAGGAUCCCGGUGGCUGCUGGCGUGGGUGAUCGUUAUGUUCCCCGGUCAUCUGCAGGCCACAGCAGAGAAGUCUCCUGGAGCCUACUUCCUUCCCGAGUUUGCGCUGUCUCCUCAGGGAAGCUUCCUUGAAGACACCACGGGGGAGCAGUUCCUCACUUAUCGCUAUGAUGACCAGACCUCAAGGAACACUCAUUCCGAGGAAGACAAAGAUGGCAACUGGGAUGCUUGGGGCGACUGGAGCGACUGUUCCCGGACCUGUGGCGGAGGAGCUUCCUAUUCCCUGCGGAGGUGUCUGACGGGAAGAAACUGCGAAGGACAGAACAUCAGAUACAAGACAUGCAGCAAUCACGACUGCCCAGCAGACUCGGAAGACUUCAGAGCCCAGCAGUGCUCAGCCUACAACGACGUGCAGUACCAGGGCCACUAUUAUGAGUGGAUUCCACUAUACAAUGACCCUGCUGCCCCGUGCGCGCUCAAAUGUCAUGCUCAGGGACAGAGCUUGGUGGUGGAGCUGGCACCCAAGGUGCUGGAUGGAACUCGCUGCAACGCGGACUCACUGGAUAUGUGCAUAAGUGGCAUCUGCCAGAUGGUGGGCUGCGACCGACAGCUGGGAAGUACCGCCAAGGAAGACAACUGUGGAGUCUGUGCGGGAGACGGCUCCACCUGCAGGCUGGUGCGGGGCCAGGCCAAGAUGCACCUGGCUCCAGACAAAAAAGAAGAAAACGUGAUCGCUGUUCCUUUGGGCAGUCGAAGCGUGCGAAUUACUGUGAAAGGACCUGCCCGUCUCUUUAUUGAGUCAAAAACCCUCCAAGGAAACAGAGGAGAACACAGCUUCAACACCCCCGGGGUUUUUGUUGUCGAAAACACGACGAUAGAGUUUCAGAAGGGUGCGGACAGACAGACCUUCAAGACUCCCGGACCCCUGAUGGCCGAUUUCAUCUUCAAGACCAGGUACACUGCGGCCAAAGGCAGCGUGGUCCAGUUCUUCUUUUACCAGCCCAUCAGCCACCAGUGGAGACAGACUGACUUCUUUCCCUGCACCGUGACUUGUGGAGGAGGUUAUCAGCUCAACUCAGCCGAAUGCAUGGACAUCCGCUUGAAAAGGGUCGUGCCUGACCACUACUGCCACUACUACCCAGAAAAUGUGAAGCCCAAACCGAAGCUGAAGGAAUGCGGCAUGGACCCGUGCCCGUCAAGUGAUGGAUUUAAAGAGAUCAUGCCCUAUGACCACUUCCAACCUCUUCCCCGCUGGGAACAUAAUCCUUGGACGGCGUGUUCAGUGUCCUGUGGAGGAGGCAUCCAGAGACGGAGCUUCGUGUGCGUGGAGGAAUCCAUGCAUGCAGAGAUCCUACAAGUAGAAGAAUGGAAGUGCAUGUAUGCACCCAAGCCCAAAGUGAUGCAGACGUGCAACCUGUUUGAUUGCCCCAAGUGGGUGGCCAUGGAGUGGUCUCAGUGCACAGUGACUUGCGGCCGAGGCUUGCGCUACCGAGUGGUUCUGUGUAUCAACCAUCGUGGGCAGCAUGUCGGGGGCUGCAACCCACAGAUGAAGCUACACAUCAAGGAGGAGUGCGUCAUCCCCAUCCCGUGCUACAAGCCUAAAGAAAAAAGCCCAGUGGAAGCUAAAUUACCUUGGCUGAAACAAGCACAAGAGUUGGAAGAGACCAGAAUAGCCACAGAGGAACCCAAGUUCAUCCCAGAACCCUGGUCAGCCUGCAGCACCACGUGUGGGCCGGGCAUUCAGGUGCGUGAGGUGAGGUGUCGGGUGCUCCUCACAUUCACAGAGACGGAGACCGAGCUCCCGGAGGAGGAGUGUGAAGGCCCCAAGCCACCCACCGAGCAACGCUGCCUCCUUGAAGCCUGUGACCAGAGUCCUGUAUCGCGAGAGCUGGGUGGCCCCCUCCAGGAAAAGGACAGUGAGAUGACCUACGACUGGGAGUAUGCUGGCUUUACGCCCUGCACUGCGACGUGCUUGGGAGGCCAUCAAGAAGCCAUUGCCGUGUGCUUACAUAUCCAGUCGCAGCAGAUCGUCAACGACAGCCUGUGUGACAUCGUUCACCGCCCCCCAGCGAUGAGUCAGGCCUGUAACACGGAGCCCUGCCCGCCCAGAUGGCACGUGGGCUCUUGGGGACCUUGCUCAGCUACCUGUGGCGUUGGAAUUCAGACCCGAGAUGUACACUGCCUGCACCCUGAGGACUCCGCAGCCCCUCUGGAGGAAUGCCGAGAUGAGAAACCUCACGCCUUACGCGCAUGCAGUCAGUUCGAUUGCCCGCCUGGCUGGCACAUUGAAGAGUGGCAGCAGUGUUCCAGGACGUGCGGCGGGGGGACGCAGAACCGGAGAGUCGCCUGUCGACAGCUGCUAACGGACGGAAGCUUCUUGAGUUUGUCAGACGAGUUGUGCCAGGGGCCCAAGGCCUCCUCUCGUAAGUCCUGCGCCAGGACGGACUGCCCUCCACAGCUGACUGCAGGAGACUGGUCAAAGUGCUCCGUCACUUGUGGCGUUGGAUUCCAGAGACGAAAGCAGGUGUGUCAAAGGCUGACUGCCAAGGGCCGACGUGUCCCUCUCAGUGAGACGCUCUGCAGGGGCCUGCCGGGGCUCCCCCUCGUGAGAACUUGCCAGAUGCCAGUGUGCAGCAAAGUGAAAGUUGGGACAAAGUCACGACACAGAGAGCAGGGCCCCCAGAUUCUCGGUGUCCGGAGAGUCUAUAUUCAGACGAGGGAGGAGAAGCGGAUCAACUUGACCAUCGGCAGUAGAGCCUACUUGCUGCUCAACACAUCUGUGCUCAUCAAAUGCCCAGUAAGACGCUUCCAGAAAUCUCUGAUCCAGUGGGAGAAGGACGGGCAUUGUCUGCAGAACUCCAAGCAGCUUGGCAUCACCAAGUCGGGCUCCCUGAAAAUCCACAGUCUUGCAGCCCCUGACAUUGGCGUGUACAGGUGCAUCGCAGGCUCCGCGCAGGACACGGUUGUCCUCAAGCUCAUCGGGACCGACAACAGACUCAUUGCACACCCAUCCCUCAGAGAGCACACGCGGGGCCGCUCUGGGGUGGACCGCGAGGAAGCCAAUAGUUUGGGAGCCACGUGGCAUAAAAUGCGUCAGAUGUGGAACAGCAAAAAUGAGCUUGACCUGCACGAUGGGGAAAUGGACAACCAGCCGUUCUUGAGAGCUCUGUUCGGGCCAUGCAGGACCUCUGCGGGGAGCAGCAACUCCUGGGAGCUUAAGAACAAGCAGUUUGAGGCAGCUAUGAAACAGGGAGCGUACAGCAUGGACGCAGCCCAGUUUGAUGAGCUAAUAAGAAACAUGAGCCAGCUUAUGGAGACGGGAGAGGCCAACGAUGACCUCGCCUCCCAGAUGAUCUAUCAGCUGGUUGCUGAGUUGGCUAAGGCUCAGCCGAUGCCUGUCCAGAGGAGAGGUAUCCACGAGGAGGCUCAGCUCGGAGGGGAGACCGCAAGAGCUCCCCAAAGCCCCACAGUAGCGAACUCAGGCAAGCUGACUUUUAAGCCAAAAGGACCUGUCCUCAUGAGGCAAACCCUACCCCCUUCGGUUUCAUUUAACAAAACAGUAAAUGCAAGGAUUGGGAAUACAGUGUACAUCACGAAGAGCACGGAGGUCAUCAAUAUACUUUGCAAUCUUAUUGCUCCCAGCAGUGAGGCCACGUAUACAUGGACCAAGGAUGGAGCCUUGCUGCAGCCGUCUGCGAAGAUCGUUUUGGAUGAAACUGGGAAGAUACAGAUAAGAAACCCUACAAGGAGAGAGCAAGGGAUAUAUGAAUGUUCCGUAGCUGAUCGUCUCGGCUCAGAUGUGGAGAGUUCAUUGGUGUUAUACGCAGAGGCACCUGUCAUCUUGUCUGUUGAAAGAAAUGUCACCAAACCAGAGCACAGCCGUCUGUCUGUUGUGGUGGGAGGCACUGUGGAGGCUGCCCUUCAGGCCACUGUGACAAUCCACUGUCCUGUAAAAGGUGUCCCUCAGCCUCAUGUCACUUGGUUGAAGAGAGGAGGAUCUCUGAGUGAUAAUGUUUCCUUGCUUUUCAAUGGAUCCCUGUUGUUGCAGAGUGUUUCCCUUGAGAACGAAGGAGCCUACCUUUGCACAGCCACCAAUGCUCUUGGGAAAGCCGUGUCAACCUCUGUGCUCCACCUGCUGGAACGAAGAGGACUGGGCAGUAAGACUGUAUUUCCUAAGGCUCAGAAAAAGCGUGUUCUCCAAGCAUCCAACGGCAGAGCAAACAGCGACAACUCAGCUGGAGAGCCCCUGCCUCAAGAGCCUUUUUGGGAACCUGGUAACUGGACGAAUUGUUCUGCCACCUGUGGCCCCUUGGGGGUCCGCCUUCAGAGGCCACGGUGUGUGAUGACCAGUGGGCAGGAAGCGAGUGAAGCCCUCUGUGGGGCUCACAGGAAGCCGCUGACUGGGUUUCAGUCCUGUAACACCCGGGAUUGCCCGGCAAGGUGGUUUACGAGUGUGUGGUCCGAGUGUUCUGUGUCUUGCGGCGAAGGAUUUCACAGUCGGCAAGUGACGUGCACCCAGACAAAAGCCAAUGGGACUGUACAGGCAGUGUCCCCAAGGGCGUGUGCUCCCAAAGAGAGGCCUCUGGGGAGAAAAUCGUGUACGCUCCGUCCGUGCACUCGACAGGCCAUCGACCCGGGAAACCAGUGUCCCGGACGCUGCAUGGGCCACACCAUGAGGAUGCAGCAACACCACACACCCUGCGCCCACAAUGGCUCCAGCUCCAACUGUGAGGACAGAAGGAGACCAGCCUUUCGGAGGAACUGCACCUCGGGGUCCUGUGAGGCAUGCUGGCGUGUGGGGCCCUGGAAGCCCUGUACAGCAGUCUGCGGCAGGGGCUUCCAGUCUCGCAAAGUCGACUGCAUCCACGUGGGGAGCUGCAAACCCGUGGCUGACAGACAUUGUGUGCGGAUGAAACCAGCGCCCUGGAGGCACUGUCUGGGGCCUUCCUGUGACAGAAACUGCACCGACACCACUCACUACUGCAUGUUCGUAAAGCACCUUAACUUGUGUUCUCUGGCUCUCUACAAACAAAGGUGCUGCCAGUCAUGCCGAGAAGGAUAAAGUUGGCAAGGUUGGCAUGCUGAUGUGUUGAGAAAGGAAAACUAUAGAGGCUCUUUCCCCCUUGUCUCUGGUUCAAACCCUUCUUCAAGUUUCUAGAGUCUGUGGUCAAGCAGAGGUGGAUUCAGAGACGGAAUCCGCUACAGUUUUGUAAAGUUAGCGUUUCCAGUGGUUGUUUUUAAUUCCGGUUCAUACAAACAAUGUAUUCUAGGAUUAGCAAAAAUGCAUCCGCAGCCAUGUCCUUGCUUGUGGGAGCACGUCAUCCCCUGUUGUGAUUUGAAGACCGGACGAAAGUGGUCCACACGGAAGACUCUGCAGCUGCGUGUUUCUCUCCAGUUGCAGAGUGUCAGCACGCGUGGGUGACAUUUACGAUUUAAGGGCUCUGGCCAGUAGCUGUUCAGAUGUUGGCACUAGUGGCAUUUUUCUAGCUCCCUAUGUUUAUUACGUGAAGAAGAGGCACUCUCCCUUAACAGCUAAUGACACCAGCCGAGCCAAGGAUUCACCGCAGAUGGCAUCUCGUCCUCGCUCUUGGAGCAUCCGUGGGGGAGAACACGGCGGACAUGGCUGCCAUUCUUCUAACUACAGAGAUCUAUCUGUGACCAAAUGAGGCAUCGAGAUCAAAGGAGAGGAAAGGCUCAGCUUUUCUACUGAUUUUGAAGUGUAGUCAAAGCUUUCUUUUCGGAGCUGUGAAUGAAGCUUUGUCUGAGCACUAUUUUCUUGCACAUAGAGAUCAGAGCCUGAUCAGAUGUAAUUUAUGCAUACAGUGAUAUUCCUGAUGAUUUUUAUUUUGCAAAGAUUAUAAGAAAGUAAUCUAAAUUAGAAACAUGAUAGUUGAAGGGAUUGUUUAUAGUAAAUAAUUGUUUAAUUGGAGGUGACUUUGUAGGUAAAUCUGACUCCAUUAGGAUUGGGCUUGAAACAACAAUUUGGGGUUUGGGACCUGGAGUUGAAAUUUGGGUUGUGCUUGGAAAGAAUUCAUCUUGGACCAGCACUCGGAUUCAGAGAAAGGAAGUCACAUUAGGGCUAAGACCAGAACUGAUUUUAAGGUUUGGGCUAGUUUAGGACAGGGUUGGGUCUCUCGGGCCAAUGUUGGUGUUCGUGACAUUGAAAUUGAUUUUGCUGCUAAAGAAGGCUCGGCAUUCAUAUUAAGUCCCAGCGCUGAUUCAGCCAGGGGGACCUUUCCAUAAUAUCUUACCAGUUACGGCUUUAGAUGCUACAAACCCCAAACCAGUGGUCCUGCUUCUUUACUCAGUGUCCCCGACGACUCGUACACGUACUGCCCACAGCCUCCUGGCACGCAGCGCAACCUUUCCUGAGGCAGAUUGUGUUUGGACCUACCUCCUGACCAACAUGUGAACAGCGCACUGUGCCUUUGGGUCUACCUGUAGAGAGGCUCGCUGGACCUCUCCGCCAUCCUCUGAGCACAGGCCUCUUCCGUUCCAGCUUCAGCCUCACUGACACUGGGAUGGACGCUGCCGUAGGUGGAGGGUUUGGCUGUCUGGAACGGACAGGGCAAAGGAAAGCGUACCCCCCAGUCUGAGCUGUUAGUCACCAAUCACAUUUGAUUGCUGAGCUUAUUAAAUUAAAAGAAAGAUAGUUUGUAAAAUACUCUGUAUAUAUUUAUUAUAUGACUCAAAGGUGCAAUAUUUUAUUUUGUACAAUAUGUAAUAAAGACAUGGGACAUAUAUUUUUCAUAUCUACAAAAUUUCUUAUUAAACUGCUUCACCUUUGUAUUUAAGGUUAAAGUGAACCAACUUUCGGUUGUUAUUGUACUUUCCUCUUGUUAACAUCAAACGGCAUUCCUGUGUACUGUAUUUUACUACUGUUUUUAUAACAUGAGAGGUAAUGUUUCCCUUUGGUGAUCCUUAAUUUAGAAAUAAAUUCACUUUGAGUAUCCAGUGGCAUCCUCAGGUGACUUCUCUGUGUUGUGCUUUUGCUAGACUUUGGAACUGUCUCCCUGCCUGUCCCCUUACAGGACAGUAGCUCCCUUAGCGAGUUUGACAUCCUCGAUUGCCCUUUGUAUGCUACAAGAUUGGGAGGUCAUAGAAAUUCACCCCGAUUCCACAGCCAAGUCCUUCAUGUCUUCUGAAUCCUACUUUUAAAAAUGGCGAUAGUGAAGGUAGUGGAAUCCCGGGAUGGAGAGUGGGCAGGUACAGAGGUAGUGCUACAUCCAUAGACAGCGGGCACACUAACGCUCCUUUAUUUAUGUAUUUGAAAGGCGUGUAGGCUCACAGCAAAUUUGAGAAAGUACUGAUUUCCAACACACGCCUUGUCUCAAAACACGAGUAAACCCGCUUCACUAGCAGUGUCCACUCUGCACCUCGGC